UGAGGUUCUAACUUUCGGAUGCUGAAUCCUCGGCUAAUUGAAAUUACUGGGCACAAUGCUAUAUAUAGCCAAUGAAGAGAUUCUGAGCUCUCACUCAGUGCCUUCAAGACAUGUCGUUUUGUAGUCAGAGGAAACAGGGAUCAAUGCAUUUUCAAACUGACAGAGGGAACGGAUGCUCCUUAGCAGCACAUGCCCAGGAUCGUGUGUGUGGGGCUUGCGCUGUGCUGAGAAGCUGAUCACCGGCCCAUAUGCCCCUUAUUUACUGCAAUGUUCUUUGCAUGUUAUUGUGCACUCCGGACUAACGUGAAGAAGUAUCGAUACCAAGAUGAGGAUGGGCCACAUGAUCAUUCCUUACCUCGGCUAACUCAUGAAGUAAGAGGUCCAGAACUGGUGCAUGUGUCGGAAAAGAACCUCUCUCAAAUAGAAAAUGUCCAUGGAUAUGUCUUACAGUCUCACAUUUCUCCUCUGAAGGCUAGCCCUGCUCCUAUAAUUGUCAACACAGACACUUUGGACACUAUUCCUUAUGUCAAUGGAACAGAAAUUGAAUAUGAAUUUGAAGAAAUUACACUGGAGAGGGGAAAUUCAGGUCUGGGAUUCAGUAUUGCUGGAGGGACAGAUAAUCCCCACAUUGGAGAUGACCCUGGCAUAUUUAUUACGAAGAUUAUUCCAGGAGGUGCUGCAGCAGAGGAUGGCAGACUCAGGGUCAACGAUUGUAUCUUGCGGGUGAAUGAAGUUGAUGUGUCGGAGGUUUCCCACAGUAAAGCAGUGGAGGCUCUCAAGGAAGCGGGCUCUAUUGUGCGGCUGUAUGUGCGCAGAAGACGACCCAUAUUGGAGACUGUUGUGGAAAUCAAACUUUUCAAAGGGCCAAAAGGUUUAGGCUUCAGUAUUGCUGGAGGGGUGGGGAACCAGCACAUUCCUGGAGACAACAGCAUUUAUGUAACAAAAAUUAUAGAUGGCGGAGCUGCACAGAAAGAUGGAAGGUUGCAAGUAGGAGACAGACUGCUAAUGGUAAAUAACUAUAGUUUAGAAGAAGUUACACACGAAGAGGCUGUAGCGAUAUUGAAGAACACAUCUGAUGUUGUUUAUCUAAAAGUUGGCAAACCCACCACCAUUUAUAUGACUGAUCCUUAUGGGCCACCGGAUAUUACUCACUCUUAUUCUCCACCGAUGGAAAAUCAUCUGCUGUCUGGUAACAAUGGCACGUUAGAAUACAAAACUUCCCUGCCACCCAUCUCUCCAGGAAGGUACUCACCAAUUCCAAAGCACAUGCUGGUUGAAGAUGACUACACCAGGCCUCCGGAACCUGUUUACAGCACUGUGAAUAAACUGUGUGAUAAGCCCGCUUCUCCCAGGCACUAUUCCCCUGUUGAGUGUGACAAAAGCUUCCUUCUCUCAACUCCCUACCCCCACUACCACCUAGGCCUGCUCCCUGACUCUGACAUGACCAGUCAUUCCCAGCACAGUACUGCAACUCGCCAGCCUUCCGUGACUCUCCAACGGGCCAUCUCCCUGGAAGGGGAGCCCCGCAAAGUAGUCCUUCACAAAGGCUCCACUGGCCUGGGCUUCAACAUUGUGGGCGGGGAAGAUGGAGAAGGUAUUUUUGUAUCCUUCAUUCUGGCCGGUGGACCAGCAGACCUGAGUGGGGAGCUCCAGAGAGGAGACCAGAUCUUAUCGGUGAACGGCAUCGAUCUCCGAGGAGCAUCUCAUGAGCAGGCAGCUGCAGCGCUGAAGGGGGCUGGGCAGACAGUAACAAUCAUAGCACAAUAUCAACCCGAAGAUUACGCUCGAUUUGAGGCCAAAAUCCAUGACCUACGAGAGCAGAUGAUGAACCACAGCAUGAGCUCCGGGUCCGGGUCCCUUCGAACUAAUCAGAAACGCUCCCUGUAUGUCAGAGCCAUGUUUGACUAUGACAAGAGCAAGGACAGCGGGCUGCCUAGCCAAGGACUUAGUUUUAAAUAUGGUGACAUCCUCCAUGUCAUCAACGCCUCUGAUGAUGAGUGGUGGCAAGCCAGAAGGGUCACACUAGAUGGGGACAGCGAGGAGAUGGGCGUCAUUCCCAGCAAGCGGAGGGUGGAAAGAAAGGAGCGUGCCCGAUUGAAGACAGUGAAGUUCAAUGCAAAACCUGGCGUGAUUGAUUCCAAAGGGGACAUCCCCGGAUUAGGUGACGACGGUUAUGGAACAAAGACUCUGAGAGGACAAGAAGAUCUCAUUCUUUCCUAUGAACCUGUCACAAGGCAGGAAAUAAACUACACCCGGCCAGUGAUUAUCCUGGGCCCCAUGAAGGAUCGAAUUAAUGACGACUUGAUAUCUGAAUUUCCUGAUAAAUUUGGCUCCUGUGUGCCUCAUACUACGAGGCCAAAGCGUGACUACGAAGUCGACGGCAGAGACUAUCACUUUGUCAUUUCUAGAGAACAAAUGGAGAAAGAUAUCCAAGAGCACAAAUUUAUAGAAGCUGGCCAGUACAAUGACAAUUUAUAUGGAACCAGUGUGCAGUCUGUGAGAUUUGUAGCAGAAAGGGGCAAACACUGUAUACUUGAUGUAUCAGGAAAUGCUAUUAAGCGGUUACAAGUCGCCCAGCUCUAUCCUAUUGCCAUCUUCAUAAAGCCCAAGUCUCUGGAACCUCUAAUGGAGAUGAAUAAGCGUCUGACAGAGGAACAAGCCAAGAAAACCUAUGACAGGGCAAUUAAGCUAGAACAAGAAUUUGGAGAAUAUUUUACAGCUAUUGUACAAGGAGAUACCUUAGAAGAUAUUUACAACCAAUGCAAGCUUGUUAUUGAAGAGCAGUCUGGACCUUUCAUCUGGAUUCCCUCAAAGGAGAAGUUAUAAAUUAGCUACUGCAGCUCUGACAAUGACAGAAGAGCAUUUAGAAGAACAAAAUAUAUAUAAUAUAACACUUGGAGGCUUUUAUGUUUUUGUUGCAUUUAUGUUUUUGCAGUCAAUGUGAAUCCUUAUGAAUGUACAACACAAACUGUGUGAAGCCAUGAAGGAAACAGAGGGGCCGAAGGGUGGGACGGAAAAGACAUCACAGUAUGCAGGAAGGCUUGGGUUUGCUCAAAGUACCAGGUGUAGGGAUGAAUCUCUGAUGGGCUCUCUGCCCUAGAGAUGGGCAGCCUUCUCACCCCAGCAGAUGUCCAGAGCUGUUUUAGCUGCUGAGCUCUCUGUGUUUGCUUUAAGAAAGUUGCCAGCACUUGAACCUCACCAACCUACCCCCCCUUACCCACCUCUGUAAUUGGUACACUUUGAAUUUUAUAACUAUGCACAUCCUUUGAUUUCCUAACAAGCAAAGGAAAUAGGGAAACCAGAAAGGAGUCCCUUUGAAGGCGACCUACUAUCAGGGGAGGAUGGUUGCUUCGUUUCCUUGGCUGGCAUGUGCAAAGACAAGUGUGUCGUGUGUGGAAGACUAACCUUACUGAGGAGGGGAUUCCACCUGGCUUAGCUUUAUGACUGUCAAUUGUCUAUUUUGCCAUUUAUAAGCUGAAAGAAGGCACUAAAGAUGAGAAUAAUUUAUACAAUAAAUAUAUUAAAUGUAUAGAAAUGAAUUUCUAUAGGUUAAAAAGUUUUGUGAAAUAUUUUGUAAACACUAAAAAACAUUGAAAGACUAAAUGUACGCACUCUCAGCAGAUGAUCAAAUUCAAGGAUUCGAGGCUGCACUCUCCCUCUUGUUGCCAAUGAUCCAUUCAGAGCAUCCGAGUUCCCUCCAGGUCUGACAAAGACUCCCCCUCACUCCCCUCCCCACUGCCCAUGCACACUAGCACACUAGCGAUACACACUUACGAAACACAUUCCUUAAUAAGUUGCCCUCAUAGGUAGUUUUGGAAGAGAUUUUUGUUACAAUUCUUUAAGCCCAUGGCUUUUCAGAGACAAACUCAUGCAAAUAAUCAAAAGGGAAAGAUUGUUUUCCUCUAGUUAAGUAGCCUGAGCCAACCAUGCAGAUAGUCAAAUAACUUUGUUCCUAGUUACUUGCAUACAGUUCAAGAACUAUUCAGUAUUCUGGCAAACCAUAAGUCAUUAGAAUUAUCUUUUCUUUGUUUCACAGAGCAACUGAAGUGUUUUGUAACAGCCCUAGUUGGCAUUACAGGGGGAUAUCUGUCCUAAGAUGCACUAUUUCUCUGAGGAAGAGAAAAAAGAGAAGUUAUCUAGUUGGGAGUGGUGAGGGAUGCACUUUGUUUCAGUAAUUAUGGCAAAGAGAACCACAAGAAAAGGACGAUUUAUGACUUUGAGCUCAACCAAUUGAAUUGCCUUCCUUAGGGCUGCACCUGGACCAAGUUUAUUUUUCUAACAAUUAUACUAAUAAUGAUUUUAAAAGAGAAACCUCCCAAAGCCUAUAAGCUGAAACACAGAGUUAGCUUUCCACUUUAGCGCUGAUGGUGUCGUCAGCCUGGUUCUGCCCAAGGUAUUUAGAGAGAGACUUUUUAGUGUUAUUAAUAACCACUCAUGUCUGGGUUCUAUGCAUGCCCGGAUUAAGCCCCAUCGCCUUAUUUCUGGGGUACAUCAAGACCUGGCAGGGAUUCUGCCACACUGUGCAGCCAACCAGCACAUAGGCUGGAGUACAAGAACAAAAGAUAGAGCCAUCAGAGUGAUGGGGCUUCUUCUAAGUUAGAACAUCAGAGCUUAAAACUGAGAGUCUCUUUCCAAAAUCAAGGGUCAUUCAUCUUUUACUAAAUACCAUUGUCUGCCCAGCUGCAGUCACCAAAACAAACAUUAAAUUGCAAAAGUAAGCAUCUACCUAUAGUCUUGAGGCUGCCUUUGCCAAAUGAAGGGGUACCAAGCAGCCAUGUGUAUUUUUUCCCCUCGAUUUUCUAGAGAUAGCCUUAGAGGGCUCAAAAUGCUAAAAGAUGUAUCCAUGUCUGCAACUCACCAGUUUCAGGUCACGGCCAACUUCCAUCAAUAUAGCUCUCAGAAGUUUUCUGACACUAGAAUGCCAUUCCUGAUCCCAGCUCUCUUUAUAGGCCACCGUGAUAACUUCUUUGGUUUCUCCACUGAGCAUGCAACCAUUUACCUUAUAGGACUGUCAUUAAUGAGUAGAUGUUUUCUCUAGUUGUGUGAUGUGCUUUCCAUUUGAUAGUAUUGCUGUGGCUGAGUACAAUCAAAUUGAACCACAAACCAUUGGUUUUGUAGUCAUAUAAUUAUUUAUUUUCCCAGUAUAGAUGCUUCUGGAUUAGCAUUAGCACUGAUUUUUUAUGUAGAUUUAUAUAAAUAUAAAUACAUAUAUAUUUGCUUGACAAAUCACCAAGCACAUUGGUGAGAGGGUCUUUUCCUAUAGAAUUCACUCAUCUGUUUUGUUGUAUUGUCCUGCACUUCCCAAUGUUGAGGUCUCUAUGGCUCCAAAGAACUGGUGUAUUUUGCAGUAAAUCCAAUGACAUAUAUGGAAAUGGCAUGAGAGUCACCCAGAUCACAUCUGGUGCAAAUGCACCUGGAGCCUUGGGCCAGACUGGUGCUAACACUGCAAACUUUGUCCGGAGCUCUCUCCAAUCUGAAGGCUUGCUGGGGGCACAGUGUCACCUUCACAUGCUGGGCCCUUUCGGAAAAGUGCCAGAUCGUGUCACUGGUGCUAUUUUUCAUGCUCUGGUACAAUGUGUAGCACCAUGGGGGUCUCAGCUUUACCAAAACCCAAAUCCCACCUGUCAGCCAAUUCUUGCUGAGGCAUUUGCUUAUUGCUCUUUUCCAUGAGAUAUGAUGGCCUACUCUUUGAAGGCCCUUUCUCCCAGACCCAAAUUCAGGAGUUGGCUCUAUCCAUUUUGCAAGCCCAUCUAGAUGAAGCUGCACUCAGGUGCCUCUGUGAGCUGUCUUAGACCCUACUGCCAGCCCUUCAGGACGGAGUCAGCGGAUGCUCUGUUCACCUCUGGCUCUCACCUAUUUCUUCUCGUUUUUCCUACUCAUCUCCUCUCAUCACCUGUCAUUUUGACCCCCUCUUUUUAUCCUUCCUGGGUUGUUUAACCUGCCCCUCCUCUCUCCUCUGUCUGCCUUUCUCUGUCCAUCUCUCCUUUAUCCAUCUCCUGUCCCCUUUAUUACUCCUUCCUCCCAGACCUGCCCACCCUCUUCUCUCCUCAUAUAGUUCUGAUCAUCAGUACAUCCUGCUCCUAAGUUUUUCUGUCCUAUAAAGGGCUCACGGCUAAUUCAGACAGCAAGUCCACAUGGUGGACUAAUGACACAAAUACUUGGGGUCACCAUUUUACUUACUCAGCCCAGAAAGCAAAGCUGAGUGUAAGGCCCUGACCUGGAGCCAGCCUGCACCACUGCCCAGGCAGUGCUGAUGCAAGAGCUGUGGGCCCCCUGGCACCUGGAAGCCUCCGCCUGGACUGUCUCCAGGAACUCACUCCCAGCACCGCCCAGGCUGAGGAUGCUUCCUUUCAACAGAGGCAAACUCUGGCCCCAAUAACUAUUCUAAUGAACCUCACUGAAGCCAUGACACCGCCCUGGUUUGGAGAGAGAUUUUCCCCUCUAUAUUCUUUUUCCCGUUUCCAUGUGAAGCCCCUCUGCUUUUCAGCUGGUGAUUGCUCUGGUGAGACUGAAUGGACUUGCUAGUGAAAUGACAUCUUUAUUUUUCCUGUCUUGGUCCUGCCUAAAAUUCCUACACAAAAGCGUUUAAGUCAAGGACUAAGGCUAAAUUGAUUAUAAUAAUGAGUCACUCCUGGGGAGACAUCAGUUCCCUUAAAGCAUGUGGAGAACCUCCUGUGACAACUAACUGAUUUUCCAGGAAGCUCCAUAGAGAAUUCUGUGGAUCUGCAUUAAUCAUUUAAGGGCAUGGGUAUAUAUGGUGUGCAUACCAUGUAUACACAUUACCUGAGGUAAGAGUCAAUGUGGUUGGAAACACAUACACACUUCAGUCUGUAAAUAUUCUUCCUCGCUGAAACCUGUGCUUCAGAAAUCAUUUCUUGUACAGCUGCGCAGUUUCUUGUAGCAGCUGAAGACACGCUAAGGCCCGCAGCGUAUUUAGACUUAAGAUCAGCUGACAGAGUACAGUUUCUCCCUUGCAGCUCACAAGGACAGACAGCUAAGUGGCGAGGUUGACUCCCAGUGGGAUGGCAAACUUUUCUUCUUUUCAAACUUGUGUUUCCUAAGUGUAUCUUAACUUCUGAGUGCACCAGGUUGUACCCAUUAGAUCCUUUUACUAUGACAAUUCUGUGCUUCUCUCUGACAGGAUGUUUCUCCGUCAAGCUGUAAAAUGCAGGAUGGGAGGGGAGGGAGGGAGGGGAAUUACUCCUUGCCUGGCUGGAGUUUACAGAGACGCACAGCUUACACUCCUGUUAAGUGUAAAUAUUCAACACUUCCAUUCCAUUUGUGUAAAAAAUAAAGCACACACGAUUAUAAAAAUCAA